AUGGCAUAUGUCUCUAUAGAAUCCGACGAUCGUAUUGAAGAGGGACCUGACGGUCUCCAAUUCCAAUCAUUCCUCGAGUCGGACGCUCAUGACACCAAUCAGGGCGGGAAUGCUGGGACCAAUGCUCCGAGAGGAUUCAUCCCAGAUGGCGGUACCCGCAAGGUAAGCUUCUGGACAGCAGAGUACUACCAGGGUUAUUUCGACGUCGACACCAAAACUGUUCUCCGAAGAUGUUACAUGACGAUGUACCCACCACGGGCAUCUUCGUACAUUUCUACGCAUCUCCUGCCCGCACCAGAUCUCUAUGGGCCCUUUUGGACGCUCACCACGCUGAUCUUCUCGCUGUUCGUGUGCUCCUCACUGGCCUCUUCCAUAGCUGCGUACCUGUCCGAUCCUGCAUCAUCCCCCAACGACGCAGUCAUUGAGUACGACUUUGGCCUGCUGUCAAUUGCCGUAGCCCUCGUGUAUUCGUAUGGCCUGGGUGUUCCGGUAUUACUCUGGCUGGCGCUUCGCUAUAUGGGAGUCGGUGAGUGGAGCGUCAUUGAGGCCAUCGCAGUGUGGGGGUACGGCCAAUUUGUGUGGAUUCCGGUGUCGCUCCUGUGUGUCAUUCCAGUGCCGCUUGUGCGCUGGAUCCUCGUCGGGAUCGCUUUCAUUAUGUCGGGUUGGUUUCUCGUUGCGAACAUCUACCCUAUACUUGCUUCGGCGGAUAACAAACCUGUCCGGCUUAUGGUGAUUCUGCUCGUCGUUCUACACGCAGGCCUCGCGCUGUGCUUGAAGGUGCUCUUUUUCAGUUACUAUGCGGUGAAGCAGAUUGGAGUCGGCGAUCCGACCUCUGACCCGAUCCCUACUCCCGCGUUAUUCUGA